GGUUGGCCACCCGGAGUAAUUUAAUGUUGUCAUUCAAGCAAUUUACAUUUUGCAUGUUCGUUGCCAAAUAUGACAUGUUUAAGUACUAGAGCCUUCCAAAUUGGAUGUGUAAGUCAGAACAUCUCUCAAGGCACAGUGAACGCAGCAGGUCUUAUUCCAUCACAAUCAAGAACACAAGAUGAUCCAGAGGAUGAGAAUCUAAUUUGGUCUAUAAAAACCCCCCACACCCUUUUUCAAUUCCUCAUACCAACACAAGAUUCCCUUGAAUUUUACUACCAAAAAUUUAAAAUGGCUAAAAUUCAAUCUCAAAACUUUUGCCUAGCCUUUCUCCUUGUUUUGGCCAUCUGGGUCUCUCUUGCCCUCUGUCGUCCUCUUGACGCAGAGUACAGGCUGAAGAAGAUGCAUGAGGACUGGAUGGCUCAACACAACCGUGUCUACAAAGAUGCGGUGGAGAAGGACGUCCGGCUUGUAAUUUUUAAGGAAAAUGUUGAACGUAUUGAUGCUUUUAAUAAUGGUGAGGAGAGGGGAUAUAAGCUAGGUGUGAAUAAAUUUGCGGACUUAACUAAUGAAGAGUUCCGUUCCUUGCAUACUGGACUCAAGUACCAUCCUUCCAAACUGCUCCUCAAAUCAUCAAAAUCAUCUUCUUUCCGAUAUGGGAACCUCACAGCUGCCCCUGCCACCUUGGACUGGCGAAAAUCCGGUGCCGUCGCUCCUGUCAAAGAUCAAGGAAACUGUGGGUGUUGUUGGGCGUUUUCUGCCGUAGCAGCAGUGGAAGGACUGACAAAGUUGAAGAAAGGUACGUUAAUUUCCUUAUCGGAGCAGGAGCUUGUGGACUGCGACAUUUACGGUGAGGAUGAGGGAUGCGGCGGCGGACUAAUGGACAAUGCCUUCCAGUUCAUCAAAAGCAACGGCGGCCUGACAACUGAAGCUAACUAUCCUUACCAGGGAGGAGACGGUAUCUGUAACAAGAAAAAGGCAGCAACUGCCGCUGCAAAGAUAACCGGUUACGAAGACGUCCCAGCAAACAACGAAAAUGCCCUGUUGCAGGCUGUGUCCCACCAGCCGGUUUCCGUUGGCAUUGAAGGAACCGGAUUCUCUUUCCAGUUCUACAAGAGCGGUGUAUUUUCCGGAGAAUGUGGAACAGACCUUGACCAUGCCGUGACGGCAAUAGGUUAUGCUACCGGAAGUGAUGGGUCAAAGUAUUGGUUGGUGAAGAACUCGUGGGGUACAAGUUGGGGUGAGAGUGGGUAUAUGAGGCUGAAGAGGGGUGCUAGCAAAGAAGGCCUUUGUGGUAUUGCUAUGAUGCCUUCUUAUCCUGUUGCAUGAAUAAGAAAGGUUAUUGGGUAUUCAAUAUUAAAAUUGUCGUAUGCAAGCCUAUGACAGGGUCCACAACAAAUGUAUCAUAUGGGAUAUAGCAUGAAUAAGUGUGCCAACCACUU